AUGCCUCCUCACCUACGUCCUAUGAAACACAUCGAUCGCAAAGAUCUGUAUACCAACCUAGAGACGAGAAUCCAAUACCUCCAUUCAUUCCUAGAUUUCAGUUCGCGGGAUAUCGAGGCGUUGAUAACGGGAUCUAAGUACAUCAAGGCAUUGAUACCUGCAUUGGUCAACAUUGUGUAUCAUAAGCUCCUGCAAUAUGAUAUUACGGCGAGAGCAUUUCAAACAAGAAGUACGAGCUAUGAAGGGCCCGUUGACGAGAAUUUGAGUGACGACAGUCCCAUCAUCCUUCACAGAAAGACCUUUUUGCGAGCAUACCUCAACAAGCUAUGCUCAGAUCCCUCUACCAUGGAGUUCUGGUAUUAUCUAGACAAGGUUGGAAUGAUGCAUGUGGGAAGAGGACGUGAACAUCCCCUUCACAUCGAAUAUGUGCAUAUUGGGGCAUGUCUAUCAUUCAUCCAAGACACACUCACAGAAGCGCUAUUGUCACACCCGCGCUUGCGAAUGGAAAGAAAAGUAGCCCUUGUCAAAGCAUUAGGCAAGGUAAUCUGGAUACAGAAUGACUUGUUUGCCAAGUGGUGUAAGUACAUCAUCAUGGUCACCCUUUUCCAUGAUUGGCUACGAUCCGAACAACGAAUCGAAGCCAAUACCCAUCUUGACGUACGAGACGGCGAUGAGUUCGCCGAUGAAGCCGAAGCACCAGAGAUCGAGAGGGAAGGAUACCUCUUCGGAAAGAGGAUGCUCGACGACCUGGAAGAGGAAGAUGAGGCCGGUGCCACGAGCGCCUGUCCUUUUUCGGGACUGGCGAAGGGCGUAAGCAAGGUAAGCAUCUCGAACGAGAAUGGCGAAGCAUCAACACUCCCCGAAGACGAUGAGAAAGCGUCCGAGAGUGUCUCUACCAAGGACGCCGCAUAG